AUGUCUCUUCUCCAGGAUGGUUCUGUCCACACAGUUAUUGAUGGCCACAGGGAGGCAGAGGGUGUUGAGAUUCUGUCACCAAUAAUGUUGCGAGAUGACGACUGCUAUCUCCGUACUCGGCCUCAAACAGCUCUCCCAAAUGACACCAAGAUGCAGGUAGUCUUCACGAUUCUCGCAUGUAGCCUGGCCUCUGGUAUCGUUUUUGGAUUCGCAGCGCUGAAGCCGGUCCUUAUCGAAGAAGGUGUUUUCCACGAUCUUUGUGGUGAUGAGGAUCUUCGUGACGAUGGCCAUUUAUGUCCGGAGCAAGAUUUGAAGCUGAAUCUUUUCUAUACCAUCGGGUCUACAACAGCGAACAUAUCAUCCAUACUAGCAGGUGGAAUCCUUGAUCGCCUUGGGUCACGAUCUUGCAACAUCCUAGGAUGUAUUAACCUUUUCCUCGGCUGUGGAAUGAUGGCAAUAUCAUUCCAUUUCUCACGAUAUCGAUGGUUGUUCGUUGGAAACUUCCUUCUCGCUCUCGGGGGUACCUGCAUUUUCGUACCGUCAUUUCAAGUUGCGAAUGCCUUCUCACAAUAUUCGGGGCGCAUCUUCGCUCUCAUAACUGGCGCAUUUGACGUCUCUGCGGCGAUAUUUCUGAUUUAUCACGUUGCUUACAGGGCUUCAUAUCAGUCUUUGACACCAUGCAUGUUUUUUUUGUGGUUUACUGCGGUGCCGAUCUUACUCGCCAUCGGUUUUAUCGGCAUCAUACCAAAGGAUGGGUAUGGAUCUGGUAUUUUGCCAAAGAAUGAACUGGGACUUACAGAGAACCGUUUCGAGCAAAUACGCCCCAGUCAAAAUGAAACCCACCACAGAGAAGAACACUACACUGGGGACAGAGAGCGCUGUUUACUUUUUCGAGUGAGACUGGGCAAGUGGACAAAGUGCCUCGGCACUAGCAAAAAGAAAAACCAGCGAGCCAAGAAUCACGACAGUCAAACGCACACCGGCCAAGUCCGGGGUAUCCUCCACAACUUACCUGCCCGCCAGCAAAUGACCUCGCCAUGGUUUAUUCUAAUCACUGUCAUGACAAUUUUACAAAUGAUUCGGAUGAAUUAUUUCAUCGCCACUAUACGCAUGCAGUAUGCAUAUUUACUCGACUCGACAGCUCAGGCAAAGCAUAUCAAUGACUUUUUUGAUAUCGCCCUCCCACUAGGAGGGAUCCUAUCGACUCCUAUCAUUGGCUACUUGUUGGAUAACCUGAGACUCGAGAGGGUACUUGGGUUUAUCGUUGUGUCUACCACUAUAAUUGGGGUAGUCAAUUGCGUUCCGUCCGCUGGAGCUGGCUAUGUGACUGUCGUAUUAUUUGUCUUACUACGACCUUUAUAUUACUCUGCCAUGUCCGACUACGCCAUUAAGGUCUUCGGAUUUGCAACAUUCGGACGAGUAUACGGAACGAUCAUCUGCCUCUCGGGUCUGGCAACUUUCUCCCAGUAUGGACUCGAUGCACUGACCCAGGGCCCAUUCAACGGAAACCCGACUCCCAUCAAUGCUGCCUUGGCGUUAGCCGGAUUAGUCGUUGGAUGUGCCUUGGUCGGGUUUGUAUCUAUCGCAGGAAAACGUGUCAGCUCGGAAGGAGCCGGAGGAUUUAGCGACGAGGAAGAGGAGCAACCACUGCUGGCGGAUGUUCCGGAUGAAAGGCGGGGAUAUAUGCAAUAA